AUGUUAAUUUUUGCCGUGUUAGUAGUCUUCGCAUUUGCUGAGAAACAGCAAACAAUCGAGGAACUUCUGGACGAACAAAUACCGGAUUUUGCCCAACGGCUUACAGGUCAAGUUCUUGUGGAUUAUGUCAAUGAACACCAAACAUUUUUCAAGGCAGAAUAUACGCCAAAUUCUGAAAGAACUCUAAAACAUCGUUUAAUGAAUUUAAAGUAUAUGGCCAAACCAAAAAAAGAAGAAAUAUUGAAAAUUGAGGAUUUUGAUGAGGAGCUUCCUGACAGUUUUGAUGCUCGGGAAAAAUGGCCAGAAUGCACUUCAAUAGGCUACAUCCGUGACCAAUCUGACUGUGGAUCAGAUUGGGCAGUAGCAUCAGCGGAAGUGAUGUCAGAUCGAAUUUGCAUACAAUCGAAUGGCACUAGAAAGAUACUGGUAUCCGAUGCAGAUAUUUUUGCUUGUUGUGGAAUUCGAUGCGGAGUCGGAUGCGUUGGAGGUUCUCCGAUACAAGCGUUCCGCUACGUAGAACGAGUAGGUGCAUGCACUGGCGGACGAUAUAGGGAGAAGAAUGUGUGCAAACCGUAUCCGUUUUAUCCAUGUGGUCAGCAUCAAAAUCAAACCUACUAUGGACCAUGUGUCGAAGGAAACUAUACUUUUAACGUUCCAAAAUGUCGAAAGAUGUGUCAGCUUAAGUAUCUGGUUCCCUACGAGAAAGAUAAAAUUUACGGUGACACAUCGUAUUUUUUACCAAAGAACGAGAAGCUUAUCAGAUACGAGAUCCUGAAGAAAGGUCCAGUUGUUGCCCAAUUCACUGUUCAUGAGGAUUUUAUUCACUACAAAAAAGGAAUUUAUAAGCACAAAGCCGGUGGAGCAGUAGCUCUACAUGUAGCAAAAGUGAUUGGUUGGGGUACAGAGAAUGGUACAGAUUAUUGGCUACUGGCUAAUUCUUAUAAUGUGGAUUGGGGUGAGAAUGGUGGCUUUAACGCUGGAACGUUAGCUGUAAAUAAGGAAGCGGCCAACACUGCAUGGAAGCAAAUGGAGUUCACAGCACCACGUCAAUAUCGAAACAGACGACAGAUCUUUCUGCCAAACUUGUGGUGCUCUUGCACCACUGCCCCAAACAACUGUCCUCCAGGUCCAGCAGGACCUCAGGGGUUACCAGGACUUCCCGGUUACGAUGGUAAGGAUGGGCAACCGGGAAAGGAUGGUAACAAAGGCAACUACAGCAGUUACCAAACAAGAAUCAAUAAUGGUUGCGCCAAGUGUCCACACGGACCACAAGGACCACCUGGUCCAGCAGGCGCCGCUGGAUCACCAGGUCAACGCGGUUUACAGGGUCCAGUGGGGGCUAGGGGCAUACGGGGGCCACUCGGGCAACCUGGCACGAUGGGAGACCCAGGACCACCGGGAAUACCUGGCUCACCGGGUUCGUAUGGAUCUUCCGGUGCUCCAGGAAAACGACUCCGUGGUAAAAUGGGUCCUAUUGGACCCGCUGGUCCUCGUGGUCCAGAAGGAAGUCCAGGAAGUGUCGGAUCACAGGGAUUGCCCGGUUUGCACGGUGGAAUUGGCUUGGUAGGUCGACCUGGACGACCUGGAAUCCCUGGUGAAGAUGGAAUUCAAGGUGUUCCAGGAGAUGCUGCAUCGCCAGGGCCUGAUGGCGGGUAUUGCCCUUGUCCUGAACAGGAAGAUAAGGAAAGACAAUUAGGCCAUCCUAUGCGUCUCGUAUCGCUGUCGAGGAGAGUCCGAUUGAGAGAAACGCGGAAAGUGCGGGCAAGGAAAGCGUCUCACAAAGUAAGGAAAUAA